AUGCAGGCAAGCCGAGUCAUAUCACUCUUUGGCGUGCAAUACCCCAUUGUGCAGGGUGGCAUGGUGUGGUGCAGUGGAUGGCGUCUGGCGUCUGCCGUGAGCAACGCAGGCGACCUCGGUCUCCUCGGCGCCGGUUCCAUGAUGUUCGAUGUCUUUCAGCACCACGUUCGUCGCUGCAAGGAGGCCACGAAGAAGCCCUUUGGUGUCAACCUCUCUCUCACCCACGACGUGUCGCGGCACAUAGAAUUCCUUAUCGAGGAGAAGGUGCCGAUCGUGUUCACGAGUGCUGGAAGCCCUAAGCUGUGGACUCAGAAGCUGCAAAGCCACGGAAUUAAGGUGGCGCACGUCGUGCCCAACUGCAAACUCGCCCUCAAGUGCGAGGCGGCAGGGGUUGACGCCGUCGUGGCAGAAGGGUUCGAGGCCGGUGGCCACAAUGGACGGGAGGAAAUCACCACGAUGACGCUGAUCCCACAGGUGCGUAAGGUACUGGCGCCUGAGAUACCCCUGAUCGCAGCGGGUGGCAUUGCGAGUGGGGAGGCAAUGCUAGCGGCUAUGGCUCUUGGGGCGGAAGGCGUCCAGGUAGGCACGCGCUUCGCGGUCACUCAAGAAAGCUCGGCAGCCGAGGAGUUCAAGAAAAGAUGCACAGUAGCAGGGGAGGCCGAGACGUGGCUAACGCUGAAACAAUACAUGCCGACUCGUCUUCUACUGAACGACUACGGCAAGGAGGCCCGCCGCCUCUCUGAGUCUGGCGCCACCAAGGAGCAGCUGAAGGCGUUCUGUGGCAAGGGCCGCACGAAGAGAGGGAUCUUCGAAGGUGACUUGGAGAACGGCGAGCUCGAGAUUGGCCAAAUUGUGUCGACGUGCAAGGACAUUCCGACCGCGGCGGAGGUGGUAGAACGCAUGGUGAAGGAGUUCCGCGCCCGUAACGAGCAGCUGGCCAAGAUGAAGUUGUAG